AGCAAUAAUAUUAUUUCAUCAAUCAUCAUAUUAUGGCAAGCAAUAUUGUGGCUCCUUGGCAAUCUUUGCAAGUAUUAAAGAAUCAUAGGUUGAAAAAACAUCAUAGUUAUUUCAAUACAAAGAAAACAUCAUAUUCAGUGAUUAGGAAUGAAAAAACUUCCUCAUUCAAUUAUAGAACCACUGCUAAUAUUCCUAUUUAUGAAUUGCCAGGGGCUUCCUUUGAUCAAUAUAUGGAUGAUAAACUCAGAGUAGCCAGAGCAGUGUUUCAUGACCAAACAAAAACUAAACAGCUAAAUGAGGAAGAAUGGAGAGUUAAAAUGGCUCCUAUGCAAGUCUUAUUCAUGAAUGUCCAGCCAUCAGCAGAUGUAAAGUUAACAAUUAAGUCUAAUGGUGAAGAUUAUCCACCUCACAUUCCUCAUCACAUUAGUAAAAUUCUUGAAGUUCACUUUAUAAAGUGGGAGCUCAAAGGACUCAAUACCCUUGACAAUGAUCCUUACCACUUUAGUUUAGAUUUAGAUGUAAAAGGUACUAUAUAUCCAGAAAGAAGUGGAAAACAUACUUUGCUCAAGAAUCAAAUAGAGAUGAAGAUAAGCUUUAUUCUUUCUCCAGAAAUGGGUUUUAUUCCUGAAGAUGUCUUACAAACUGCAUUUGAAAUGGUUUUCAAAACAAUGUCAAAUGAAAUGAAGCAGGACUUUAAUGGUAGAUUAUUGGCAGAUUAUAACAGUUUCAAGAGGUACAAAUCAAAGAAGAAUUCAGUCUAAACAAUGUUGUUCCAUUCCAUUUGUUGCAAACCUUGACUGCAAUUGCUGAGGAGGAUUUUUUUUUUCAGCCAAUUCAAUCAAUGGAUCACAAUUAAUAAUGUGUGUCAUUUUUUAACUGUAAAUUAGUCCUGAUUAAUUUAUAUAAAAAAAAUGACUUUGUAUAGUGUUCUUUUUGCAAAGUGUUCCUGGAAAGAAUUGUUCAAUGUAUUUAAUUUUAUUUCCUCUUUUCA